UUGAAACAAGGAACCAAACGGGCCCCCAAAAACCCUAUUGAUAGCCGCAGCUACGAAAGUGUCCGAUUAUAAGGCCCGAGCUAGGGUUACAACUACAACUACAACUACAACUACAACUACAGCGAGAGAGAGAGAGAGAGGAAUCGAUGGCGUCGAAGGUUACAGUGAAGGCAAAAGGCAAGGCGACGAAGGGGUCAAGGGUCUCCGAGGAGCGAUCUGCGGCGAAGUGCGUGAAGGAAUGGACGACAUGGACGAUGAAGAAGGCCAAGGUCAUCACACACUAUGGUUUCAUCCCACUCGUCAUCAUCAUCGGCAUGAAUUCCGACCCCAAGCCCUCUCUCUCUCAGCUCCUCUGCCCUGUCUGAGAUUGGUUUGAUUGCUUCCAUUAUCUCCAAUCUUCUUUUUUUCUUUUUCUCUAUUGAUUUCCUAUUUCCUGUAGUAGUGGUCGCUCGGUUACUAUUCGUCGAAUUCACAUGGAUACUCAUCUAGGGUUUUGCUUUCAUGUAAUGGGUCUCUGUGUAUUUGGCCUUUGACUCUGCCUUUUUUUUAUAUGCUUUGUGGUUGGUGAAUUACUACAUCA